AUGGAUCGGCCAGACUUGAACUCGAGUCGCAUGACACCCAAAAUGGAGCGUAGUAGAAUCACUGAUCACAUAGGUAUUGCAGGACGUUGCAUGUGGGCUGAUGCUGGCUCCCCUCCUUGCCUGCAAGUCAAUCCGUCGCCGUCCGCCGCCGUGGUGGUUGUCCCCUGUGAAGCGAACUGGGAACGCGUUGGCGACAAGGUGAGGCGGGCGGCGUCGAGCGGGAGGAGGAGGAGGAGGAGGAGGAGGAGGAAGAGGAGGAGGAAGAGGGCUGAUGAAUUUGUUACGUCAUGCCGCAACCCCACCCAAGCCAACCUGUUCCCAGAAGCUUGGGUCGCGCUUCCCUCGGCAACAAUGCACCACCAGUCAAUCAGUCAAUCAGUCAGUCAGUCAAUCAAUCAAUCUAUCUAUCAAAUCUACCCGUCAGUUCUCUGUCAACCAGUCCCACCACUGCGUCGCUUUCUCUGCUUGAGUACAAAGCAACUUUACAAAACACAUCUCUUUGCUCACGCACUCGACCACGACUUCAUCACGCCAGAGCUACACAGCAGCAGGCCUCCCAGCUCCCCCCUCCCUUUCUUCCUUUGUACAAGUAGCACAGCAACCAUGACCGGGCAAUCAGCCGACAUGCAUUCUCCAGGCUCGCACCCAGAGCGCCCCAAAGGUAUCCUCAAGAACUCCAACUCCUAUCGCUCGCAACCGCAGACAUCGCCCACGAGCGAAAUCCCCCCGGCCGUCAGCCCCAUGGGCGAGCGGCCCCAUCUUGGUCGCGAGAUGUCGGAGAAGGAGAUUGUGCUGGAGAACACGAUUCGCAACGCAGGCGCCCACCGCCGCUCCUCGUCAAAUCCUCGCGGCCCUGGCUCCCGCCGACAGUCGGGAGCCGAGCACAUGGACGAAAAUAGCCCGCAGCUCAAGUGGGAUGAAGCCAAUCUCUACCUCAACGAGCAGAACCGCGACAGCACCAUGAAGAUUGAUGAGCCCAAGACGCCCUACGCCAAGCAGUACGACCCCGCCGAGGACGAGCAAGAGGUGGAGAUGCUGAAUGCGCAGGAGCUCAAUGUGGACGAGCUAGACCACAAGCCACGGCGCAAGCCCAAGAUGGAGGAAAUCCCUGAUUUCGACCUGGGCCAGCCGCAGAUGCAGGCACGGGAAGCGCAAACUCCUGAGAGCGAGAAGCGCGUCAUAGUGGAGCAGGACAUGGACACCGACGCAGGCUACCACGGAGAGCUCCUCCCGAAUGCAACCCAAGAGGAGCGGGAGAAGCACCGCAAGUUUGAGGAGUUGCGCAAGAAGCACUAUGAGAUGAGGAACGUCAAGGACCUACUUGGACACCCGGAGGACGCGGAUGAGGACGAAGAGACGAUGCCAGUGCAAAGAACCAAUGGGCAAUAG